AAUCUGCUCUUAUCACCCUUCUCGGCGGAAAUUGCUCUUGCGAUGGCACAUCAUGGUUCCAACGGUCGAACAAAAAAGGAAAUCUCGCAAGUGUUGGGUCUCCAUGACGACUACAGUACGCUCGAUGUCGCACGUACUCUGCGCCAGAUCCACGUGGAUGAAACCGCGGACAACGGUUACGAUGAGCUUGUGCCCAACGAUAAUCACAAGCUGCAUAUGGCCAACGGUGCAUUCUUUAGCAAAGAUGUCUACCUAAGCAGAAACUACAUAGCAGAAAUGGAGAAGCUUUUCCUGUCCACCAUUCAGGACACUGACUUCGACGACGAGCGCGAUGGUGCCGCGGUCUACUGUAUAAACGAAUUUAUCAAAGCCAACACUAAGAACAUUGUAUACGAUCUGCUGUCGCCGUUGGAUAUGGCCGAGAAUGAUGCCAAGUUCAUUUUGGUUAGUGCUCUGCAUUUAACAGCGCGUUGGCACCAGCAGUUCGACCGGGCCGAGACCAGAGUUAAGCCUUUCACAACGGCGGCCGGUGUCAGCAUUCCGGUGGAUACCAUGCAGGAACGAUUCAUUAAUUACAAGGUCCACAUAAGCAGGGAACUGGAUGGAGCUAUGUUCUUGGAAUUGCCCUUUGAGACCGGAUACUGCAAUGCCGUGUUCAUUCUACCCGGAAAGACAGUGCCUGGGAAGUCAAAACACGCCCCUCGCGCACCGCCCAAUCAAGGUCUGGCCAGUUUCAUCAAUGCUUACCGCAGAGAAGCUCCAGCAUGCGAUGCGGAAGCUGUGCAAGGUGCUGCAUGUGACAGUGCAACUGCCGCGGUUCCAUGUGGAACGGAGCUGGAAUUUGCAGCCCAUGCUAAAACAUUUGGGGAUGCCAACGGCGUUCGACGAGGAGACGGCUGAUUUUUCUGAUAUCUCUCAGCACUCUCAACUUUCCCUGCAAACUGUCAAAAUAAAAGCUUGCAUCCAUCUCGAUGAAGAAGGAGUGGACGCUUCGGUAUCCACCCUCAUCGAGCCGGUCAAUGGAAGGGGUUCGGGAAAGGCCGAAUUUAUUGCAGAUCGCCCCUUCCUGUUUCUUAUGCGUCAUGUGAGCAACAACACAAUUAUGUUCUUUGGAUAUGUGUGCGAUCCCUCUUGGUAAAAUCUACUUUAUUGUGCGCUAACUGUGCGGUGCGGCUGAACACACUGAUACAAGCGCAGCGGUACUGUGGUCGUUUUUCUGGGUCGGCCAAGAUUACCUUUGCCUCCCCUUUGCCUUUUCACUUUGCCUUUUUCAAGUUCACCUUUACCUUUGCCUUUGCCGCCGUCAACACCUUACCGUCCCAUU